CUCGUUAAUGUCUCCUCUGGUAGUAGAUAUUAAUUAUUUUCUACGAUCUGUAACACAGGUAAGAACAUGAUUAAUGAUUGGAUUAUUAGAUUUUAUGGUGCAAUGAUUAGCUGUCCUUAAAAUACUACUGUUUUACAUGUUUUUAUGUUUUAAGUAAAUGCGUAAAUUUCUUUCACUAACUGCUACAGAUUCAUCCUUUAAAAAUCUUUGUGUUAAAUCAAAUUUUAAAUUCAGUAACCCGAGUUUAUGGAAAGAAUCAAUACAUUUAAUUGCAUUAAUAAUAUAUGGUGACAGCUCGACUAAAUGCACUGAAUGGUGGAUUUUACAUUUAAUCACCAUCAAUAUACAGUAAAGGAGGGUGAACUACAACUACCAGAUUGUUUGCAAAAAAAUAUGGGAAACGCUUUUACAAAAUGUAUUUUAUACAAAACACUGUUUACAUCAUCAGUCUCAUUUUAAUUUGGGUGAUUUGCACCUCAUGAAUAUUUUUUUCCUUCUUUUUUUUAACUUACUAUCUCAUCAGUAUUUUUUACCUCUGCAAAAGUAGUUUUUCUGCAGUUAAUCUUUUACUGGUGAAACACAUAAACAAUAGUCACAAUGAGUUCUGGUGAAAAUACUUCCUCUUUCUAAUGAGUCUCAUUUACUCAUGAUAUUGCAUGUGAUUUGAUGUUUUAGAGUCAUGUUUUGGUCACACACACCUUCUAGUCUCAGUUUUGUUUUGAGAUAACAAGGUAUACUUUGGUGAUUCACCAAACUUAGACCACAUGACUGCAGCCGACAAAGGGGAUGUUAUUGAUCAUAACGGGAUAUUUGUGUCUAAUUUGUGCUGCACCAGGCGGAACCUCACCACAGCAACUAUGAACAUUUCUGAAGAGGAGAGAGAGGGCGUCUAUGACACUUCUGUGGCACUUUGGAAUAUUAUUCUUUCCAUAUUUUACAUCCUGAUUUUCGUCAUCGCAGUGCCUGGGAAUGUCUUGGCGCUGUGGGCCUUCUUUUGCCAGAAAAGCACAUCUCCAUCCAAGGUGUUCCUGAGGAACCUGUCUGUAGCCGACAUCUCUUACGUCCUCAUUUUACCCAUGCGUAUAGUUUACCACCUGUCUGACAGCCACUGGCCCUUUGGACACAUCCUCUGUCAACUAUUAGGCUUCCUCUUCUACCUAAACAUGUACUGCAGCCUCUACUUAAUGAGCUUCAUAAGCCUGGACAGAUUCCUGGCUGUGGUUUUCCCUCUAAAAUCACAGACAAUUCGGAAGCCUGUGUAUGCAAAUGUAGCUGUUGGCAUGCUUUGGGUGACCGUUAUCAUCUCCAUGAGUCCUGUGCUUUUCUCCAAACAGACAAACUCAUCUGGCACCUGCAGCAAGCUGUACUUAGAAAAAACAUCUCAGACAGCUUUGGUUUCCACUAUUGUGGCAUUUGCUAUUCCCCUGACUACCAUAGUGGUUUCCUACAUACUGAUUGUGUUGAAACUAAGGACAGUGAGACAACAGGAGGAACGACCAGUGAAAGACAAAGCCAUUAAAAUGAUCAUACUCAUUGUGAUGAACUUCCUGCUCGCAUUUGUGCCAUACCAUGUAUGCAGGAUAGUCUACAUUAAGAGUCACAGUGGUGGUCAGAUUCCUGCGAGUCAUGAUCCGCUGGGAAGAGCCACUCAGAUCACAUCUGCACUGACCUGCGUUAGUGGUGUACUGGAUCCUGUGAUGUACUUCGUCUUGAAUCGUGCAUACAGGGACACAUUUCUCCGGCUGUUCUGUAAAAAUAGAGAACAUAACCUAUAAAUAACUAACAUGUAAACAAUAAAACAUUUUGAAACAAA